GCAGUUCGAUCCGCAUUCGCAGACGUUCAAGGGAGUGCCGAGCCUCGCAGAUUCAGGUCUUCUUAGCGUGGAGGUCAUCGCGGAGGCGCACGGUGGCACAGCGCGGGACAGCUUUCUGAUAGACGUGGCGCCGGCCAACCCUGAUCUCGCAACGGUUCUGCUCAACCAGCCGGAGACGAGCAGCAGCGCCGCACCACCUAACUGGAUCAUGGCAGUGGGCAUUCUGGCUUUCUCUGUGGUGACCUGCAUCCUCGCAUUUGCAGUGUUUGGCGUGAAGGUCUCCUUUGUUAACAAGAAGCGGCUAAGCCGCGACGAUGGCGAGGGCGACUACGCGCCUGUGGGACAAUCCCGAGUCAUUCGCUGCUGCAACGCCAAGUACGAAAACUUCGCGAACAAAACGACCGAAGCACAGCUUUCCGACGAUAUAGUUCGGCUGGACGACCCAUAG